AUGGCUUUGAUUGUGGAUCAACAAACAACCUUCAAGCACUUUUGCAAGAUUUGCAAGAAAGGUUUUGGAUGCGGAAGAGCCUUAGGAGGGCACAUGAGGGCGCACGGAAUAGGCGACGAGAGUGGGCACAUCGACGACGAAGACCUGGCUAGCGAUUGGGAGGAGAAGCUCGGUGGUAACGGCAGCGUUCCGCCUAGCAACAAGCGGAUGUACGCCUUGAGAACGAACCCGAAUCGGCUCAAGAGCUGCCGGGUUUGUGAGAAUUGCGGUAAAGAAUUCUUGUCGUGGAAAUCUUUUCUUGAGCAUGGGAAAUGCAGCUCCGAAGACGCCGACUCCUUAAUCUCAUCCCCUGGCUCAGACGGUGAUGAUGGAAGAAGAGGGUGUGGGUGGUCCAAAAGAAAGAGAUCAUUGAGAGGUAAAGUGGGUAAUUUCAAUUCCAAUUGCCCGUCUAGCGAGGAGGAAGACCUCGCGAAUUGCUUAAUGAUGUUAUCGAAUGCCACCGUCGACCCGGUGGAGGCGGAGGCAGAAGAGUCUUGUGCUUCAGCUAGUAAAGAAGACCAGGAGAGAAGAAACCCCAUGAAUAAUUUCAUUACUCCAAUUUCUUGUAGGGGUCCUGUAGACGAUAAUAAUAACAACAACAACAAGAACAAGGGCGUGGCAAAAGGAUUGUUCGAGUGCAAGGCAUGCAAGAAAGUGUUCAAUUCCCACCAAGCAUUGGGCGGCCAUAGAGCCAGCCACAAAAAGGUUAAAGGCUGUUUCGCAGCCAGGCUCGAUCACAACGACGAUAUUUUAGCCGCCGACGACGACGUGAUCACGCACGACGAUUUCUUCCCAACAAAAUCGAACUCCACCCCACAAUUCGACCAAGGUUACCCUAAUCCGUCGUCGUCGGCGCCCAUGUCCAAGAGGAAAUCGAAGGUGCACGAGUGCUCGAUAUGUCACCGGAUUUUCUCGUCCGGGCAGGCGCUCGGCGGCCACAAGCGGUGCCAUUGGAUCACAUCGAACGCGCCCGACACGUCCAAUAUAGCUAAGUUUCAUCCGUUUCAAGAUCAGGCGACCGAGCAAGCCAAUAAUAAUCCAAACUUGCUCAAUCUCAAGCUCGACCUUAACCUCCCGGCACCAGUUGAUCAAGAUCCUGGUGGAGCAAGGCGGGACCAAAUAUCUACAGAAAUUUAUUUACAGUCAUGGAUAGGUACUACUGCAAAAGAUCAUGUAGAUAAAAAGGAAGAUCAUAAUUGCCGCGACAUCGUCCGUCGAAAGGUCGACAACAAAAACAACGACAACAUUAACAACAACAACAACAUUAAUAACAAUGACAGCAAUGGCUCAAUGCAGAAUUUGGAUGAUGAGGCAGACAGUAGUGUGAAGUUAGCUAAGCUAAGUGAGUUGAAGGACAUGAACACGAGUGGGGGUUCCUCACCCUGGUUGCAGGUGGGGAUUGGUUCAACUACUGAUGUGGCAGCUGACCCAUAA